AUGGUUAAGGCAGAUGUGCGGAGAGAUUACUAUGCAGAUCUGGGCGUGGGUCCAGCAGCCGACACUGAUGAGAUCAAGAGGCAGUUCCGGAAGCUAGAUCGAAAUCCAGGCCGCGAAGCCGAGUUCAUCACCAAGUUCCAAGCGAUUCAAGCCGCACAUGAAAUUCUUACCGAUCCUCAACAACGCACGAAGUAUGACACCGAGAGACUGCGCGCUGGAUAUGGGAGGCUCUAUGGGCCGUCAACUGCAAACACUCCCCGCCGAACAAACACUUCCGCCGCUUACACUACUACUGCUGGGAACGGGAGCAAAACGCCAACAUCCAAGACACAGGCCUCUCGCCCAGCCUCAUACCAACCGCCGCCUUCCAGUGGUGCCCAGAGAUAUGCAAACUACGCCAAGGCUGCACCUCAGCAGCAGUAUGACAAGAUGCAUGAGCAGCAAGCCCGGGCUGAUGCUUUCCGUGCCUUCCAGGGUAUGAAGCCCACUGGCUGGGCAAAGUUCAAUCCUACAUCUGGAAGGCCUACAGCAACCCCUACGCCCCGUAACCCGCCCGCUACUAACAAUGCACAGGCAUCAUCUCGUGGGAAAUCAGCUUACGAGCAUGUGAAUGUUAAUGCUCGACCGCAUCCGGACGCAUUUGGACGGGCCUCAACCGUAAGGAAAAAGCAUGGCUUUGCUCCGGGGACUCCAGGAGGCGAUGAACCGAUGGCACCACGGACUAACUCGGCUUAUUCAAAUACACCCCGGGCUGAUCGGUCUUCUGCGUUUUUCGACAGCGUCCCAGCUCCAACGGCCAAGGUGAAAAGAACCCCUGUUUCUUCGAGAUCUGAAACCCCCGUGGAUGAUAUUGCCCCGGAGUUUGAACGUACUAGUCACAGAUACGCAACAGCUGGCGGCGAGAGAACCUACCUUGCCAGUCCCGGAUUAUCCCGUGCCUACACCAUGCGUGAUUCAUCUGCUAGCUCCAAGGCUCGCUCGCGGACUAAUCCGCCUAGCCCUCGCUCUCCGGCCCAGGACAGGCAUCGUAGUGCUAGCCCAAAUAUGAGACAUCAACACAAGGCUUAUUCAUCGUCUUCGACAAGCUCUAGCAGCGAGGAUGGCUCCGAUAGCGAGUCCGAUCGGCCGACGUUUGUGCCCCGACGGAAAGCAGUUCCAAAGAGCCGGCUAAAACCUGGCCAUACUUUCCGCUUCCAAGGCCCCGGAUCAGGUGAGGAAUCCUCAAACAGCAACUACUACAUGGACCACCAUUCGUUCCGAAGUCAUCGGCGCCAUCGCAGCCUCUUUGACCGAGAUCGACCCCGCAGCUACCAUGAAUUCCAGGACCAGAGUACUGACAGUGACUAUCUUCAAGGACACGAUUCUGAAGGUGCUUCGUUCGCAUUUAGAGCUCAACGGCCUACUCGCGCUGCAAAUUACACUGCCCAAGGGAAUACAAAGAUCUUUGAGACAGCGCAGCCUGCGGAAGAACUUGCCGCAUUCCACAUCUCUCAAAAUGGCACGAAGAGUCGAAGCCAUGAUAACCUGAAUAAGGGGUUCUCUGCUAGUGACUGGGGCGAUGCUUUCAACCCCGACCUAUUUGCUCCAAAUCAAACCAAUGGACAUCGUCGUAGUAGAUCAAGAACUUCGCCUAUGCGUGGCAGACCUGCAACAAGGAGUGACUCCAAAUCGCCGACUAAUUUCAUGUCCUCAAGCGAUGAAGCUGCAAGACGAGCGACCCCGAACUCCAAGCCCUGGAAUCAGACUCCGUUCUCUGCUGACAAAUGGAGUCAACAUUUCCAGAGUCAAAAUUGGAUGUUUGAACCCGCAAAAAAUCAACAGGGAAAUGCCACUACUGCACCAUCAGGGAGGAGCAUUUCUAGACCUGCAAGACGAACAGUACCACCUCGACAGCCGGCUGUAGCGACCGAAGCCGAGGAAGACGAGAAGACAAUUCCCGAACCAUCUUCCAAACUGGGCUCGGUCCCAGUGCUUGAUGCAAUGGAGAUAGAUGAGGAGCCCUCCUUGCAGUCAACGAAAGCACAAACAAACGGGUCUAUACCAUCACCAACGACUCCUUCAAAAGCAGCCGACUCGAAUGCUAAGGAUAGUGCUGGCGAUGCCAGUGAAAGUGCGGGGAAGACAUCUGAAUGGAUGAGCAAUCUCUUUAAUAUGAACUCGCUCCAUAAUGUGACGCCCUUCACGAGCUCAAAUAGCGGUGGCAUAAAUGAUUUGAAUGAUAUCUAUACAACACUACCCUUCGAGUCUCGUCCAAAUGACCCCAAUACUGGCCGCCUGAUGACCCCUCCGAGUAGUAGAAGAAGCAUGAGUCUUCCACAGCCUCCGAAACGCCCCAUGAGACCGCCAGUCGUGCCAAACCACAACGACCCGCGAAAUAUGGUUCUUCCAAAGCAAAGUUGGGAACGCUAUGAAAAGCAGAUGAGCGCGUACAUCAUGGAGUGGAACAAAUUCCAGAGACAAAUGUUGCAGCUAUUAGCUGUCCGACAGCUGGGGUUUGAGACUGGUCUCGCGCCGCGGUGGAUUGAUGCUUCUGGAGACUCUCUUCGCCUUAGCACGAGGACUAACGAGGAGGAUCUUGACUCGACAGCAGCGCAGGUGGGGGCAGGAGAAAGUGAUGCCGAUAACGAUUCGGAUACACUGGUCCCCCAUCAUCCUCACGGUGGAUAUAAGGCGUAUUUCAACGCGGUUGACGACUACGCGCGGGUCCUCGAGCAUUGGACGGUUGCUUGGGAGCGCCAUCGCGAGUGCAUAUCGCAGCUUGGGGAGAUUCGCCAAUGGAUUAGAGGGCAGCGGAAAUUGGUGUGA